AUGGUUUUGAGAAGGAAAUUUCCAGUUUCAACCAUCGGACUGACGGCCAACCAGACAACAAGAUCAACCACUGCAGGCCUUGAUGAUGUGGGUCCGAAUGCAGCAUCUGAGUAUGAACCGAAAAUCAGCAAUUAUGACUGCGACAAUCUGGCCAUUAGCUCUUUGGUACUGAAAAAUGAAAACAAGACUCCUCAGCCUCGAUGGUUCCCUACUAAAGAACAAAAACAAAUUUUGCUCAAUGCUUAUGGUAAUCAUAAGUUUCCAACAGCUGAACAGGUUAUGCAACUUGUGAACAUCCUCAACAUCUAUGAAAGAAAAACUGAUGAAAUUAAAGUUAGAGAUUGGUUUAAAAAUAGGAGGAAAAGGGAGAGGCAGAAGGAGAAGAAGGAGAAGGAGGGAAGGCAUUGGAGCAUGGGCUCUAGUUCUGCUAGGAUGAUCAAUGAGAACUCAGAGGUUAAGAACAAUUCUGAUGAGAAGAUAAAUAAUGAUGGCUAG